UGUUGGUGAGCUCGUAUUUUUAUGGCGCUACAAAAUCACAUUUUUACCAGAAAAAAAGCGAAGGGACAGGUGUGAUUCCGCUUCGAGGCGUGUGCUUCGAAAACUUUUGAUUAAAAAAAUGGCAGAGGCCCCUAUCAACUCCAACUCCAUCGACCCUACACGCCAUGAAGAAAUCCAACACUUGCUGAGAGAGAAGUUGAACAGAGAGAAGGUGAAGUUGUGGUUGCCUCCGUACACACAUGACACUACAGGAUCUAGAGAAAAAGGGCAGAUACCAACUGAUCUGAUCGAUCGCUAUUCAAAAGAGUCUGGUCUGACGCCACAGGUUGUUGGUGAGGAGCUUGAAUCACUCAGACUCCAUGCUCUGGAGAAACUCGAUGCGAGGAAGAAAUUUGAGGCCUCUGGUGUGGCUACUCUCAGGGUGAAACUUGCUGGAAAAUUGCCCUCCAAGCUUAGCACACAGAAGCGGACCAUUACGCUUGAAGUACUGCUAGGGCUCAAAGGUCAUGAACUGAAGCGGCAGGUUGCUGAGGUUUGUGGGAUUGAGGCCUGUCAUUUGAAGCUGAUCACCUGCGGACACGUGAUUGACGACGGCAAGUCAUUGAUUGACCAACACGUGAAGAAUAAUUCCCAGGUGAUGGCAAUUUUUUUGAGUGAAAGUGAGGCAGAGGCAAGGAGGAGAGAAGGUGAAGUCUCGCAGCUGAGUAAAACUAGAGCAGCGGCGGAGCUACUGUCUAAGAAGGAAAAAGAGCAAGGUGAUCCGUACAUGCAGAUUGCAGACCAGUCGGGAAAGACUUUGAACCUGCCUGAUGAAGAACGCAAAGCCUUGACCAUGGCUAUGACGUUAAACGAGAAAGGACGUGCCUCCCUUAAGCGGAGAGAAUAUGGCUUGGCACUGCUUCUCUUGCUUGAAGCAGACAAGGAAUUUAGGAAGUGCCGUGCCGACAUCCUUGAUGCUGUGGACAACUACGCCAUUCUGUGUCUUGACAUCGUCUGGUGCUAUCUUUGUUUGAAAAAUGUGAACGAUCUGCCAGAUGCAGCGUCGCGUCUCGACACGUGUGAAGACUGCUUUCGAAAAAGCUACGGCACCAACCUUGAGCGACUGAUGACUUUAAAGGGUCAAUCAGGCCAUGUGUUGGCACUUUACGUCAGGUUGCACCUCCUCCAGGGGGUGCUGGCCUACUAUCAGCAUCGUCGAUCAGACGCCAUCAGAUAUCUGGAACAGUCCGAGAGAGAACUCCGAUCACUGCAGGUUGACGAUGAAAAAAUGACGCAAGUGAUGACGAUGGGGUUCAGCCAGCAGGAAGCAAGACUUGGUCUGCGGGCGUGCCAGGGGAGUGUUGAUGGUGCCAUUGCUCACAUUAUUUCAAGACGAGAGGAAAGAAAAGAGGUGAAGAAGAAGGAGAAGGAGGAGAAAAGGUUGAGGAGGCUGCUGGGAAAAACUGCUGAUGGAAAGUGGGUGAAUGGUGCACACUAUAAGACAUUGACGGACAUGGGUUAUCCCCCAGGCUCAGCCAAAGAAGCCUUGCGCCAGUCUAACAGUAACAUCACAAUGGCCAUCCAGGUUUUGAGCGAGAAUCCAGAGCUGUUGGAGCUACCUGAUCCGAGGGAUGAAGAAAUGCAAGUUGAAAUCACAGAUGAGAUGAUUGCACAGAUGCUAUCCCUCGGAUUUGAUGCAUCUGUGUGCAGAAGUGUGUUAAGCCAGUGCUCGGGGAACAUCGAGAGGGCUGUGGAUAUGUUACUCAAUGGUGGUGUGAUUCCGUCCAGUGCUGUUGGAGAGGGAACGUCCGGAUCGCUUCAAAAAGGAGCAGUGGCUAAAACUGCUGAGGAAUUGCAGCAAGAACAAGAGGCCAUUGAUGAAAUCAUUCCGGAUAUUCCAGAGAACGAGGAAGACUAUCUUGACAUCAGUUUAGAGGAGGAGGCGACAUUCUUGGAGGAGUUUAAGGCACUUGUUUCAAUGAUCAGAUGAAGGCCUGGCCUGACCCGAGUCAAGAUGAGGUGAAAUUCUGUUAUGACAAGGGCAAACCUCUUUCCUUUUUGUUGGCCUAAUAUUUUCACAGGUUUUGAUGGAUAUUUAGGGCAUUUGGAUCUGGAUCUAAAUAUUUGAAAUGUUAAUGAAAAUUAAUCGGAAAUGUACCUUUUAGUACUGGUGCUGCCAUCUGAAUUUUUAGUUCUGCAGGUUCCUCAUUGGAAUAUGACCGUGGCGUUCGUAAAAAAAGAUGAUUUGCUCCAUUGAAAACAAAAUAUAUUUGCGUGGUAUUUGCAUGAAAGUUGCUGCAGUCCAGAUCUAAUAGUUGUAUUAUUACUGGAAAAUCUCUCAGCGCCUACAACGUCAUUAUGGAAGUAAUGGAGUUACUGUUUGAUAAUGAUGAAUCCUGCCCUGUAUCCCCACCCCUGACUCACCUGCUUGAUGGAUUGGGGAUUUCUUCGACACCGGCUUCACCACUUGCACCAGCUGUGGCACCACCACUAUCGGCCUCGGUGUUUCUGUCGGGGUCAUCAGCAGCGGCAGCAUCAUCCUCAUGGUUGUCCGAUUCAGCCAGCCGUUCCCCCAUAUUUUGCACUUCAGUUAGCACGCUAUCCAAAAGAGGCAACAGGUUCAAAAUCUCACUAUGGUUGUGUGCCACACG